AUGGACACCGCCGACAAAGCUCAACGUCUGUCGGGAGUGUUUCCGUUUCCGUUCUGUGUACCGUCAUCAUCGCCAUCAUCCGUAUUCCCACCUUUACCGAUGUUUCCACCGGGCUUUCAACAGCUUUACGCUAAUCUAGUCCAACAACAAUUCCUUCAACUUGCCCAACAACAACAGCAACAGAGCCCAGGAGUUCGAGCAGAUCAAUCACCAUGUCUAUCAGAUCAUCCUUCAUCAAGAGAGGAUUCACCAUCCGUCAAAACUAACAGCACCUCAUUGGUAUUUUGCCGUUCCAUAGCCGUACUAUUACGAUCGAAUGUCAUGCAGCACAACGGAGACGGCGAAGACGAUGAGAGAGAGGCCAUCACAGUUCAUCCAAACGCCGAAGGACCGUUUGAAAUACUAGCAUGA